AUGCAGAACGCUUCGAGUAACUUCACGUUUGCGAACAUCUCAAGCUUUAAAUCCCAUCAAGAUUCUAACACAUCGACCAACGACACUGCCGAUUUCGAUUACGGAACAAUUGCCUCGUCCGCGACUCUCAUGCUGUUUUCCCUUUUGACCAACGGCUUUGUUUUGAUAAUGUAUGCCAUGCAUCAUGAGCUGCGGUCACCAUUUUCCUUUUACGUGAUGAACCUGUUCAUCAACAACCUGUACCUGGCGAUUGCUGAUCCUCUGCGCAUCAUCGACACCCUGAGCACGAAAUGGUUUCCGAAAACGGCGGCUUGUCGUUUUUUCAUUAUCAACGACUAUAUUGGUUGUGCAAUGGUCAAUCAUGCGCAUUUGCUCAUCACACUGAACCGUGCCUGGGCGAUCAUGUUCCCUAUUUCCUACAAGCAGCUCCACACGCGUACCAUGGCCAAAUGCAUCUGCAUUGGUUCGGCUGUAUACUGCCACAUCAUCCUCCUGCCCUUCAUUAUCAUUGACUUCAUGUACUAUCGUGGUCCGGACCUUAAUGCCGACUCUUGUGACGUCAAAACCGGUGCGCAGAAAGCGUAUACGCAGUUCUUGUUAAAAGUGUUUUUUCAAGUUCCUAUGUUUGUCAUUUUGGGCACGUAUCCACUGCUGUACUGGAAAAGAUUAACCGCUCGUAAAGUUGCCGGGCGGAACCAUGGGAAUGAAAGUACAAUGCAGGGCACGUUUUCGGUUAUCGCGGAAAAGGUCACGACGGAUCUCCGACAGGCUGUUACGGUGCGACAUAAAGACGGUUCCCGAAAGCCAUUCUACGUGUUAACGGCAAUGACCCUGGGCGUGCUGGUGUGCUGGACUCCGGUUAAGGUGUACAACUUCGUACAGGCGGUCGCGGGUGACGAUUAUGUGAAUACUCCGAGUUUCAAAGAGCUGCGUACGAUUGGCAAUGUCGUCUACGAAUUGGAGUGUAUCAUCGAUCCCAUUCUGUUCACCCUGGUUUUGUCUGAUUUACGAGCGGUUAUUAUUCGUCUCUUCAAGCAAAUGUUCUGCAAGCAAUAG